AUGGCCUUAUGUUCAUUGGAUCACCGACAGACAAGCUCGAAGCGAAGCUGCCACGUCCAUCGCAACCCUUGGGAACAAUCAACUACAGAGGAAAUGCAGAAUGCAGAGAGGACGAUCUUUGAACCCAACACUGAGAAACACUGCUCGAAGCAUUUACAGAUCGCUCUGGGUAAUUGCGAAGCGAGUAUUUCAAAACAUUUGUUAGUCCUGAAAUUAUCAAUCCGCGGAGAUCAGGAAUUCCGCCCAGACUCUUACUUGAACGGCGCGACUUGGGACCAACUACAACGACGUCACCCGUAG